GGAAGACGUUCGGACACUUUCCAGCAGCGUCACUGUGAGUGACUGUGAACGUCGUAUGCGCAACGAAAAUCUAUAUUAAAAUGGAGGAGCUGCCACCAGGCGAGCUUCCAGAUCAGCCGAACAAGAGUCGCAAAAAGAAAGAUCGAAGAAGAAGAAAAGAACAUGCAGCAGCACACGCAGCCAGUGGAAAUCACAACAACAAUAAGGAAGACAAAGAGAAAGAGAUGUCUAGUGCAUGCAAUAUCUCCAUCAAAGAGAUUCAGAUGGCGAUGGAGGUAUUUAAUAUGCAACAAAAACCUGCCAAAACUCAGGAGGAAGCAAUGCAGAAACCUUAUCAAUUUUGGAACACUCAGCCAGUACCAAAAAUGGAUGAAAAAAUUGUACGCAACGAGGCAAUUGAACCUGAUAAAACAUCUAUUAGAGCAGAGCCUUAUUCAUUACCUGCCGACUUUCAAUGGGAUACCUUGAACUUGGAAGAUCCUUUGGUUUUAUCGGAAUUAUAUACAUUACUUUCGGAGAAUUAUGUCGAAGAUGAUGACGCGAUGUUUAGAUUUGAUUAUCCUCCCAAUUUUUUGAAAUGGGCGCUGCAACCUCCUGGUUGGUGCAAGGAAUGGCAUUGUGGUGUGCGAGUGAGCAAGAGCGGACGUCUUGUCGGUUUUAUCUCUGCUAUACCAGCCACUCUACGUGUCUAUAAUCACAUUCAAAAAAUGGUGGAGAUCAAUUUCCUAUGCGUACAUAAAAAGCUAAGAUCGAAGAGAGUCGCUCCUGUAUUGAUUCGUGAAAUUACAAGGAGAGUGAAUUUGCAGGGCAUUUUUCAGGCUGUGUAUACUGCCGGUGUCGUUUUGCCAAAACCUAUUGCAACUUGCAGGUAUUGGCACCGAUCCUUGAAUCCAAAGAAGUUAAUCGAUAUCAAGUUCUCUCAUCUUACUCGCAACAUGACGAUGCAGAGAACUCUAAAGCUAUAUAAACUGCCAGAGAAUACAAAGGUACCAGGUUUCAGAAAGUUGGUUUAUACAGAUAUACCGCAAGCGCGUAAGAUAUUAAUGGAAUAUUUGGAAAAGUUCGAUCUUGCUCCGACAUUUUCGGCUGAAGAGUUCGAACAUUGGUUCCUGCCACGAACCGGCAUUAUUAACAGUUUUGUAGUGGAGAAGGAAGGGAAGAUCACCGAUAUGGUAAGUUAUUACACGUUGCCGAGCUCUAUCAUGCAUCAUCAGACACACAAGACUCUCAAAGCCGCAUACAGUUUCUACAAUGUGUCUACCGUGACGCCAUGGCUUGAACUAAUGAUGGAUGCUUUAAUAUCUGCACGUGAUUUGGGUUUUGAUGUAUUUAACGCGUUGGAUCUUAUGGACAACAAGGAAUUUUUAGAGCCCCUCAAAUUUGGAAUUGGCGAUGGCAAUCUUCAGUACUACCUAUAUAACUGGCGUUGCCCUAGUAUGACACCCGGCAAAAUCGGUCUCGUGCUCCAGUAAGCUUCUAGAGAGAGAGAGGGGGGGGGGGGGAGAAAGAAAGAGUUUCUUGCGUUUUUCUCGCAAGAGAGAUAGCGUUUAAAGUACGAGCGGACAAUGGACUCAUAGAGCAAUAGAAUAAAAGCAGUAAAGAUGACAAUGUCUGACGGAAAUUAAUGCGACUUUUCUUACCGGCGAAAAUAAUAAACGUAUCUAUAGUGAUUGAAAAGAAUACGAGUUUUCUUACAGAAACAUCGACAAUCGAUUAGAUAACUCGAUCUCUCGAAAAUCACUUUUGUCUUCGUCGUUGGAGCAUUUGAACAUUCUAGGUUGGACUUUACGCAAGCGGGACUACUAUGAAAAUUGUGCAUUGUACAGCGCACGUGUAUAUACGUACCUGCGUGAUUCGAACAAUGUAGAUAAGUAUCAUGCAAUUAAUAGCAAUUGCGAUUAUACAUGGGAGGCCAUCCCAUCACCAGUGAAAAAUUUUCAAUAAUGUAAGCCUCUUAGACGCCAAGUAACUCUUUAUUCGUUUUUCCUUUACAUCUCGGCUAAUUAGAUGAUACAGGAUAUGCCGAAGUGCGACAGACAAAUUAAAAAUAAAACGUAAUUUAUCGAGAA